AUGAUGGACGAUGAAGCUGAGGAAGCUGUUUUUCGGGAUGACAUCGUGAAAUCAGACUCAGAGCAAAUAAUUUCAACUCAGGUGCAAGAUUCGGAUUAUGACGAGGAAGAAGAAUACGACCCUUCACGCACAGUGGAUGAAUACCAACAUGCGCCCGAAUUCGAUCAAACCGAGGAGGAACCUGCCGUGGAAACUAUUGAAGCUGUACUUGACAUGCCUUCAGCCUCGGACAUGAAUAUUGCUGAAAUUGAUGAUACCCAAGAGCCUUCCCUGAGCUCACAAAGCGCUAAUUCCCGCACAUCUACACCGAUUGCACCCUCUACCGCUACGACACAACCCAAGGCCAAGACGAUUUGUGGAUUUGAGGUUGAGGACGAUGAGGAUGAGGAUGACAAAGAUGAAGCAGACUAUGAACCACCGGCUGCACUGGGGAUUGAGGACAUAAAUUCAAUGCCCGUGACUAUCUCUGGAGAAUCAGGAAAUGCAAUUCAAAUCACUUCCCCCGAUGUUUCAUCACACUCUGGUGCCCAGGGCUUUGAUCCCAUGUCAAAUGCUGUCAAUAGUUCUUAUUCUACUGCUCUCGUUUCUAAUAACGAUGGUCCUGCUUCUGAUCAAGUUCAGUCGGCUUCCUAUGAUGCCAGCCUUCAGAAUAGUACUGUCCCUAUUCUUCUACCUGAUUCUCCUUCGGUUUCCACAGGCCGCUUGGCCCAUGAUCGUCUGGGAAUCUUGCAAGAUCGAGUUGACGAGGACCCCCGUGGAGACAUACCAGCAUGGUUGGAAUUGAUUGCUGAGCACAGAGGUCGUAACCGUCUCGACAGCGCACGAGAUGUUUAUGAGAAAUUCUUGAAGAUUUUCCCCAUGGCGGCUGAUCAAUGGGUGGCUUACGCCACAAUGGAAUCCGAGCUUCAUGAAUUUUUCCGACUGGAGCAGAUCUUUAACCGAACACUUCUCACAAUACCUAGUGUUCAACUUUGGUCUGUCUACCUUGAUUACGUCCGUCGCCGGAACCCCUUGACAACGGACAACGCUGGAGAAGCACGACGCGUCAUUUCCUCGGCAUAUGAGAUGGCUCUCCAAUAUGUAGGCAUGGACAAAGACUGCGGAAAUAUCUGGACCGACUAUUUGGACUUCAUUCGUUCUGGUCCAGGUAUUGCUGGAGGCGCUGGCUGGCAGGAUCAGCAAAAGAUGGACAUUCUGCGCAAGGCAUACCAGAAAGCCAUUUCCAUGCCGACGCAAGUUGUCAAUACUCUCUGGAAGGAGUACGAUCAGUUCGAAAUGGGCUUGAACAAACUCACGGGUCGCAAAUUUCUACAAGAACACUCACCGUCGUACAUGACAGCACGUAGCUCAUAUACCGAGCUUCAGAACUUCACUCGUGACCUGAUUCGUACCUCGCUCCCAAGAUUACCUCCUUUCCCAGGAGCCGAGGGCGAUGUUGAAUUUGCUCACCAACUUGAUAUCUGGAAGCAUUGGAUCACCUGGGAGAAAGAGGACCCUCUGGUAUUGAAGGAUGAAGAUGCUGCAGCCUUCAAGAGCAGAGUACUUUAUGUCUAUAAGCAGGCCCUCAUGGCCCUGAGAUUCCUACCCGAAAUCUGGUUUGAGGCCGCGGAGUUUUGCUUUUUGAACGAUCUGGAGAAAGAGGGCGCCGAGUUCCUUAAGCAAGGUAUUGAGGCUAACCCGGAGAGCUGUCUACUGGCCUUCAAGCGCGCCGAUCGACUGGAGGUCACUUCCGAUUCCGAGCAUGAUUCAUCCAAACGAGCAGCCAAAGUCAGGGAGCCGUAUGAUGCAUUACUUGAAGGUCUUUACAGCUUGAUCGACAAGGCGAAGACUCAAGAGUCCCAGGAUGUUUUGCGCAUCGAGGAAACAUUUGCGCAGCAACAUCCAGAGAGUCACACCACCCAGAAAGAUGAUGAUGAGGAUGUUCCCAGUGAAUCUAGGGAGAUCGAAGCCCGCAAGAAAGCACAGAUUGAUGCCGUCUGCAAGGCUCACUCUUUUCAGAUCAACAUCCUUUCUAAGACAAUUUCUUUUGCUUGGAUUUCUCUCAUGCGGUCCAUGCGUCGUCUGCAGGGCAAGGGAAAGCCGGGAGAAUUAGCUGGCUCUCGUCAAAUAUUUGCGGAGGCUCGUAAGAGGGGUCGCAUCACUAGUGAUGUAUACAUUGCCAGUGCCCUCAUGGAGUAUCAUUGCUACAAGGAUCCUGCCGCCACAAAGAUCUUUGAGCGCGGUGCGAAAUUAUUCCCCGAAGAUGAAAAUUUCGCACUUGAAUACCUGAAGCAUUUGAUCGAUAUUAACGACAUCAUCAAUGCCAGAGCUGUGUUUGAGACGGCUGUCCGAAGAUUGGCCUCUAAUCCAGAGAACGUUCACAAAGCUAAACCUAUUUUUUCUUUCCUUCACGAAUAUGAAUCUCGGUACGGCGAUCUUAUCCAGGUGAUUAACCUGGAAAAUCGCAUGCGUGAGCUCUACCCAGAAGAUCCCACAUUGGAUCAGUUUUCACACCGUUAUGCAACCCCUACCUUCGAUCCAAUGUCUGUGCGUCCCAUAUUGUCUCCUUCGCAGACUCGACCGAAGACUGUGCAUGCUGCGGUCCCAUUGGAAGCUGGCAAUGCGCCUUCACCGCGACUCAACGAUGUUUCAUUCAGCUCGCCAAAACGACCUUACCCCACUGACGAUGUGGACUAUGACUCUGAUCGUCCACGCAAAUUUGUCCGUGCUGAGUCUCCUUUGAAGGUGGAUCAAGGCCGCCGUAUGGACCAACAAAAGCGGGUUCAGCAGUUGAAUGGACAGGCGACUUCAUCAUACAAACCUCAAGGAUCCCCCGCCUCUCUUCCGCGGGAUGUGGUCCAUCUUCUCAGCAUCAUUCCUCCUGCAUCAUCCUACAACAUUUCUCGUCUUUCUCCCGAGAAGAUGGUUGAUCUCCUCCGCCAGACGGACAUCCCCACAUCUACUUCCCUUAUCCCACUUCCGGCAAACGCUCGCGGGCUUGGAUCAGGCCAAAAUCAGUAUGGCAGCAAUUAUCGCUAA